GAACAGAAAACAGAGUAAGGAAGAGAGAGAGGGAGAGAGAGCGUGAGAGGGAGAGGUGUAGAGACACAGUAGAAAAGAAGGAGUUCAGCCCUGUUCUGUUGCACUCGGCACGGUGGACAGCAGCGCACCACAGUGCAGGUGUCUGUGGUGCAGGUGAAGGACCUCGGGAAGUCAGAGGACAUUCUGCACCAGUCUAACGCACUUAUAUACCCAUCCAAGUUACGUGCCAAAAUAAAGCUCCACGAACAUCCAGAAGAUUGAUCUUUACAACACUGCUCCAACAACCAUGUCAGACCUUUCCUUCAAGGCAGAAAAACAAAGCAGACAUUUAAGGAAAUACUAGAAAACUUUUAGUAUCAGGGCAUUAAAAAGGAAUUUGGUUCGCAACUCCUACAUAAUGUCAAACUUUUAAAAAAAUCAACGCCAAGAGGUGUUACUCAUCACUAUCCCCACCUGAGACACUGCCGAGAGUGAGCUUUCAGCACACACAAACACAAACAAAGUCAGCGGCCAAAUUUAAAGGAAAUGUUCUUUAUUAUGACUUUGGCACAAAAUGGACGCUGAAGCGCUCGGAAUCGCAAUCUUAAGCGUCAAGUGCCUGGGAAGAGAAAUAAACAAUGUGACAUUCUUUGGAGUGACCUCCUAAAAGCACACACAGCCCAGAGCACACUCUCACACGGGGAGGAAUACUGUCACGCUCCCCCCAAAAAAAACCACUGUGAAAUUUCAGGACUCUUCUGAAGGAUCUACGGCCAGGCUGCACUUGGUUGAGAAAGUCAAUCCGGCCCUGCAGACACUCAGAGGAGCUGGAAUACUCUAAGGAGCGGCAAUUCUCAGAGGAAUGGGAAUUCUCCCCUGAGAAGAGGAAGUGAAAUAUGUGUUUUUGAGUGGGCCAGAGGCGCUUCAACACAAAUACGAUAGCUUGGGAGCGGACUGGGGUCCGUCAUUGCUGGAGGAGGGAGAGCAUCGCCGUUGAGCAAUACUCCUGGCAGCCUGCCUUGGGAAUCUAUCCAGAGAGCUUUGUUGGGGGAAAAUCUUCUGGGAGGUCCUGUUGGAUUCAGAAAAAAAAAUCACAGAAGAAAAUUGAAAGUGCGCUCCAGAGGCAUCACUCCGGUUGCUGUACAGGGUCUAGUGAUUAAAUAUUCUGCGUGCCGAAGUCAGAGAGCAGACACCAGAUACGGGCUGAGCAGAUCUGCGCUGGCCUCCUCCAGAGAGAAAGUGCCAUGCGGAGCUGAGGACUGACCUACUCUUCAGAACUAAUCUUCUGAGACUAAGUUACUCUCUUUCACAUCUGGAGGGAUACCGUUGAGCCCAAGGCAGACUGCUCCUCAAAUAAAGAGCUCCCCGCAGACGCAUACACAGGAACGCGGGCAGAGCCAGACACAGACACAGGCAGGUUUGCUGCUGACCUCGCCUGCUGAGAAAGGACAUCGCUGGUCUGAACUUUGGUCCCGGUUUUGGGUCUGAGAUGGAGGAGGGACAGCGACUGGUCAGGUGUGGAAAUGGCGGGGUUGGACCCCCCACUCUUGGGCGUUCCCUGAGCCUGCAGGGGCGGCAUGGCCCCCCAGCACUGCGUUCCGACCCCCCAUGGAAGGACAGGGCGAGGGGGUGUGGCCAGGAAAGCCGGGUUGCCAUGGUGAAGCCAGCAGUGAUCUCUGGUGCAACCCAGACCAACCGAAAAACCAGCCUCACCCGGAGUGUGAGUUUGUCAGAUAAGGAGCUGAGGGAGGCCCGGGACAGGAGUCAGAUCAUCGCUGCCCAGCUGACCUUCCAGUCCAACGCUAACUCUAGAGGAGUGCAGCUCUUCAACCGGCGCAAGCAGAGGGUGAACGCCUUCACCCGGACCAGCUUCGGCCAGGGCGUGGGCCAGGGGGGAGACGGACAGCCGCGCCAGCCUCUGACAUGGAAGGAAAGGCACACUGAGAAAGAGGGCAGCCAAUCAGACUGCAGGAACAGCGAGCCCGACCCUGCCCGGUCUCCUGGUGUGGUAAAAGAAGGAGGGGAGAGGAUGGAGGAGGAGUGGGGCGAACCCGUUCCCCUGGAGGGCCCCCCAGCUGCCUGCAUGGAGGAAGAGGUGGACCAGGACCUCUCAGGGCAGUGUGAGAUCAGAGAGCCAAUACCCAAAGAGGACACACCCAUUGAGGUCGCAUCAAUUGAGGACACACCAAUUGAGGUUGUAUCUAUCGAGGACACACCCAUUGAGGUCGUGUCCAUUGAGGACACAACUGUUGAGAUUGCACCCAUUGAGGACACACCCAUUGAGCAGGUGUCCAUUGAAGAAACUCCAACUGAGCCCAUGCCCUGUGAGGUCAAGCAGUGCGAGGACAUACCUCGCACUGCCACACCUCCUGAGGCAACACCUCUCAAGGCUUCACCCCCUGACGACAUAAGGGCAACAGCAGUCCCGGCUGAUGUGGGUGAGAGGGAGGAAGUCGUAACUCCAAGCAAGGUCACCAACGGAUGUCACGUCGCUCCAAACACGUCUCGCGUGACGCUGUCCUUGGCCAAGCAGGCCCCUGUUACUGUCAACAGGACGGCUCGGCCGUUUGGGGCAACUGCCACCACCACCGUCCGCUCGCCAGUGGACUUUCCCCCGCCUCCUUCUUGCGUGACGCCGCCCCUGCCACGAAUUUACAGCCCGCCUCCAUCUGCCUUUUCCCCACCCCCACCUAUGACUUACUCAACCCCAUCCAACCCCAACCAUAAUCUGCCGGCCUACUCUAAGGCUACUCCGCCAGCCUACUCCAAUCCUUCUCCAGUGGCCUACUCCAGCGCUGCUGCACAAGUAUACUCUGAUCCUAAUCCACCGGCCUACUCCAGUCGUUCUCCACAAGUAUACACUAACCCACCUCCACCUCCACCACCCUACUGCAGCCCUCCGCCCUUGUCCAGGGUGAUCUCGCCCUCCCCGUGCUUGCCCCAGUACGGACACCCCUCGGCCCCCAGGCCCACCUACAUCCCCGACCUGCUGGUUGACCGGCGGCAGGCUGCGUCCCCCAUCAAGACUGGCAUCCUGGAGGACGGCAAGACCCGACGGGCAGCCCGCAAGUCCAUGUUCACCUUCCAGGAGAAGCCCAAGGUGGCCCCAAACCCGGAGCUGCUGUCGCUGGUGCAGGGGGUGGACCAGAGGAAAAGAGGUCCCUCCCUCCCAGAGCCCCCACCAGAAGAGGAGCUGGAGCUGCUGGCCCUCGGGGCAGAGGCCUCCAACUUCCUGCCCAAAGGCGGUGAGGUUGGCGGUGCGGGCUUGGAGGAAGCCGCCAUGCCGGAGUGGUCGUCGUGCCUGAAGAGCUCUGGGGCUCCUGUGAGGCAGGAACCUAAGGUGGAGCAGGGUCUGGCCAAUGCCUCAGGCAAAGGGGCAGAGCUGUUUGCUCGCAGGCAGACCAGGAUGGAGAGGUUUGAAUCGGCGGGCGGGGCCUACGGCAGGGCUCCAUCCCCCACCGCGUCGCUGCCCCCCUCCUGGACCUUCCCGUCGCACAUGCCUGGCCGGGUCAAAGCCAUGGUGGACAUCUCCAACGCCAGCGUCACUUCCAGUGCCCAAGCACCACCCGCUCGGACCGCCAAGCCCAGACCCGGGGCUGCCAUGGCUCCGCCUCCACCCCGCCCAGAGAGCCCGGUCCUGGAGAACGGAUGCACCAAGCUGGAGAUGGAGAUCUCCCGGCACAAGCCCUACCAGCUCAACUCCUCCCUCUUCAUCCUGAACCCCACCAGGGACCCCAUGAGCUCCCUGCCCAAAGCUGCCCCGCCCCCAAAGCCUGUCCUGAACCGAGCCCACGGCCGACACACCUCCCUCCCAGCGCACAACCCCCCUCCCCUCUCCCCUCACUACACUUCCCCUGCCCCCUUCCGCCCCUUCUCCCCACAGGCGCCCCUCAGUCCGGUGAACGGAGCGGGGUUCUCGGAUCUCAGAUCAAACUGCACGCCGCCCCCGCCCUGGCCGGGCACGUCUCACAUCGCCUCUUCAGUCUUCGCCCGGUCCCCCGAGCGCCCACCCGCACCCCGAAACGUCGUCCAGGCACCCCGGCCUACCUUCUCUGCUAAGAAGGCGGGCCUUGAGCCACAGACCAGAAGGGAGUCACUUCCCACCCCCACCACGCCCACGCGCACCACGCCUGUUCCCAUGGCAACGCCCACCGCUUCCCAGCAGCUUCGGAGGUUCAGCAGCCCCGAGGCCCUGGCGGGGGGGCUGAAGUUCCGCCCUGCGUCUCCAGUGCCGCCACCUUCUUCCGCCUCCCGCUCCCUCCAUCCCUCCUCCUUCUCUUCCCCCCUCUCCCCUUCCCAGGAGACCCGGUGCCAGUCCCCGCUCGCCGGCCCAGAGGCCAAGGCCAACCGGCGCCUCCUGGCGCAAAACAUCAUCAACGCCGCCAAGCGCAAGAACAGCCCCUCCCCCGGCGGCCAGAACGGACGGGCCGGCUGCCUCAGCCCCUUCCAGCCCCGCCCCCUGGGUGGCCAUUCGCCCACGCUGGCCAGCCCGCCUCCCACCCCGACGCGUUCGGCACGCUCCCCCGUGCGCCUCUACGCCACACGCUCGCUCACGGACUCCGACGCCUCCCUGGAGUCGGAGGAUUCGGGCCUGCGGUCGCCGGGGUUACGCAGCUACAACACCUGCCCCCGCGGCUGGGGAGGAAGCCUGAGGAUCAAGAGGGGCACCAUCCACGCCGACCUGUAGGGGGCGAUCACGAGCGGCAUGACCACCCACCACCCCCCUCCUCUCCUCUCCUCUCCUCUCCAGAAGCGACUCUGUUCUCAAGACUCCAAAUUCAAAUUCAAGACUCCCGAUCUCAGGAGGCCCACAUUUUCAGUGCAAUGGGCUUUGGCCGUAUUUGAAGAAGUGUUACUUUUUUUCUUUUUAUUAUUUUACCAUAUCAGUCCAGCAAGUGGCUGGAGUAUACACACACACACACACAUAUGAAAAAGACAUCUGUGAGCAGCAAAGACCUGUAACCCUCGCUUGACCAAUAUUCCAAGUUAAAGUAAAAACACAUUGCAAUUAGAGUCCAUUCCAGCUCUCUUAAACUUGUGUUUCAAAAAGAGCAAAUAAAAUACAGUGGACCAACUGAGUCAUACCAAAGCGGAAUCCAGCAACCAAAGAAGACACUGUGAUGUGGACUGGGCAGAGAAAAGCAUGUAGUCUGUGAUUUUCAUUAUACUGUACGCAUCUAGAUUCACAAAAGCUGUAGCCAGUGAUAUUUCCACAGCUGUUGUCCUAAUCUCUUAUGUUAUUUGGCUAUGUGUAAAUAUAACGGGAUUUAGCGUGACUGUUCCUCGGUGGGAUUUUUGCAAGUUUUGACGCUGGAAUGAAAAAGGGCAAAAGUUCUGGUCCUCAACCAUGAAAGCACUUUUAUCCCCCAGUUGAAUUUCCUGGUCUUCCACAGUGAUGUGGUGAGCAUUUGGGUGCAAAAUGGCAAGGUGCCAAACAUCGGUGACGGUUCCCUGCUUCACUGUAAUGCUCUUUGAGGUUGUAAGAGGGGUAUGAACACAAUACAUCACUGUCAUCACUUCAUGAGUGGACAUCAGUGAUGCUUAGGCUGUUCUGUCAUUGGACAGUGAUUAGAGAGGUGGUCCCUGUGACCGAGCAGUGGUGUCCACUUCAUAAUGGAAAGAAAUCCAUGUCGGUGGAUCAUGGCAAGCCUUGAGAUCCACCAAAAGAUCAAUUUAAUUGAAAGACUACGUUUUGCAGCUUUCAAAAUGGUUAAAGGUACCGUAAGUACCCUAAAACAACACCUCACAGUCUACAAGAAAUUGUAUCCUUUGUGCCCCACCAAAAAGUGGAUUGUGACCUAUAUAGUGGACACCAUUCAAAUACUAUCCUGAACAUUCUACCAUUCCAUUCAUUUUAUAGAUCAGAAGCCUAAUUUAUAUUGUUAGUUCCACAGCUCACAGCUAGACACUUCUCAUGUUGAAAACAUGAAAGUAUUUACUGCAGCUCUUCUAUCUAAGAAAAGAGCAGGCAAUGAAUUCUACUUAACAGUGCAAUAACCUGUAUUCACACCCCUGUAUAUAUUUUGUAUCACAUUGAUUUGAAGUGUUUUUUUUUUUUUUUUCUGAAUGUCCAGUUUGACUGGGACAUAAGUAUUGGGAAUGUUGAGUAGAGAAAAUGGGAGCGAUAGAGAAAAGGUUUGAUGGUAGGUGCAUGUGUAUUCUGUGUGUUUUCUGAUGGAUGGUACACUAUUGAGGAAUUUCAGCAUGUAAACAGAAAGUUGUAUACCAGUAACGGGAGAUGAACUGUGCUUUUUUAAGACUUUAAGCGGAAAUCUUCACUAAUAAGCACAGCAUGGCACAACAGAAAGCCAUUUCUGUUAUAAUUGGAAGUGGAUAAACAACCAUUGUUAUAAAAAUGAGAUGCUACGAUUACAUUCCUGGUUUAUAAACACAAUUCAGGAAGACAAAUCAUAAUAGUAAGAACAGCUGUUGGUUUAAAUUCCUGUUUUCAUAAUGUAGCAUGAUGAUGGCUAAAGGGACAAAGCUCACAAGGGUAUGAUCCUGUGCUGUGGGACAUAAUUCUAAAGGGACAACACUCACAUGCGGAGACUGCAGAGAAACAGUGAGAGAGCUUGUUAAAGUCACAGAUGGACUGGUGAACAGGUCUAAUGGAUUUAAACAGUUUGCAAUGACGUAGUGAAGCUCUUUCUAUAUCCAAUAAAGCCGUAUACUAAUGGUCACUUUAGAUACUCAUUUUACUAAUUAAAAGUGUUUCACUUUUUUUUUUUUUUGCACUUAACAUUUUGUCUUUAAACAUUACCGCUUGGGAUCCGCCUGGAUUUCACUAAAGCCGGUGUAAAUCCGGCCACACACGAGCACACUGAACACCUGAGCACCUGGACCUUUUCUAUCCCAGGCUGUGAAUACGUGACCUUAUUUAAACCACAGCUCUUGUCAAAGCUGCAGCACGGAGACGUCAAACCCGAUCUGUGCACUCUAACCUUCAGCCUGAGUUCUAUUUCGUGCAACAUGUCACAGAGACACCGUGGGCACCAUCUGCGUUUUCGCCAGUCGCCGGACCUACGAGAGCACAGACGGGCGAUUCUUCUUCUGUGGCCUGACACGGCAGGCAUGCGCAUCAGCAAAUUCUCUGGUAUUUACAGAAGCUCUGAUGGAUACACGCACCAGCUGCAUGUUUACUUGGCACCUUGAAAGCAGAGAGGGUAACCUUGGCAUUGUGAGACAAGGCCCCCUUUACACCACCCCCCAUCUAAAAAUACUGAAUUGUAACACAGGGUGUACGUAGGUCAAAUCCAUAUCCUUUCAGGAAAUUAAGUGAGCAAUGCCCAAUGCAUUCUAUGAUGAGUUUUCAAUUCUUUCAUUGAAUUUCAAUUCAUUUCCUGAAUUGACUGUUUUGAAAUGAAACUGACUCCCAGCUCAACGUGCCCCGCAUGUGUCUGUCAGCAUAUCUAUGCAUCAAACAAAAGCCAAAGUCACAGCACAUUGUAUCUUUUUACUGCUGUCCUAUUUUAAAAGAAAUAAAGUACAUCAAUCAAAUAUGAAAA